AUGGCCGAGAUGGAAACUGAAACUGGCCCCAAGACUGCCCGUGUUGGCACUGAAACGUCGGUUUCCCCUCCUGUUCACCAGUACGACGAUGUCAUCCGCCCGUCGGGAUGGAUGUACAAGCGAAUGGGCCGUUUGGGCUGGUACGCCUCGCCCAAGUUCCAGCUCGGCAUGGUCGCCUUUGUCUGCUUCCUCUGCCCCGGCAUGUUCAAUGCCCUGAGUGGCUUGGGUGGCGGUGGUAAAUCUAACCCUAGUCUGGCCGAUAACAUGAACACUGCCCUCUACAGUACUUUUGCCGUUGUCGGUUUCUUCGCCGGUACCUUCGUCAACCGUUUGGGUGUUCGCCUUGCCCUCUCGUUUGGUGGUAUUGGCUACUGCAUCUACUCCAUCAGUCUCCUCGUCUCCGUGCACGAUUAUGUCCCCGGCUUCAACAUCUUCGCCGGCGCCCUUCUGGGUGUCUGCGCCGGUCUGCUGUGGUCUGCGCAGGGCACCAUCAUGAUGUCAUACCCCGGUGAGCAGCGCAAGGGCCGUUACUUUGCCUGGUUCUGGGGUAUCUUCAACGUGGGCGCCUGUAUUGGCAGUCUGAUCCCGCUCGGAAGUAACAUCAACGUCAAGACCAACAGCACAGUCAGUGAUGGCACCUACAUCGCGUUCAUCGUUCUCAUGUUCUGCGGCGCCUGCCUGGCCCUCUUCAUUUGCGAUGCCGACAAGGUCGUUCGCCCUGAUGGCUCGAAGGUUAUCCUGAUGAAGAACCCGAGCUGGAAGACCGAAUUCGUCGGCCUGUGGGACACCAUCAUCUCGGAGCCUUAUAUCAUCCUCCUCUUCCCCAUGUUCUUUGCCUCCAACUGGUUCUACACCUACCAGCAGAACGGCAUCAACGCUGCCCACUUUGACACCCGCACCAAGUCCCUGAACGGCUUCCUCUACUGGUUCGCUCAGAUCAUCGCCGCUGCCGUCAUCGGCCCGCUGUUGGAUAUCGAGGGUAUCCGCCGCAGCAUUCGCGCUCGUAUUGGCCUGGGUGUUCUUUUCAUUUUGACGAUGAUUAUCUGGGGUGGCGGCUUCGCUUGGCAGAAGCAGUAUACUCGUGAGAGUGUCAGUGCCAAGUCCUUCACCCCGACGGACUGGUCCACCCCCGGCUACGUGGGACCCAUGUUCCUGUACUUCUUCUACGGCCUGUACGAUGCUGUCUGGCAAGGCUUUGUCUACUGGAUGAUGGGUGCCCUCGGCAACUCCGGCCGCAAGCUUGCCAACUUGGCCGGAUUCUACAAGGGCCUGCAGUCCGCCGGUGCCGCGGUGAUGUGGAGUCUCGACAAUAACAAAUUGCCCUACAUGUCUGAGUUUGCGUCCAACUGGGGUCUGCUCAGCGGCUCGCUCCUGAUCGCCGCUCCCUUGGUCUGGUUCAAGAUCAAGGACUCGGUCCCUCUCGAGGAGGACCUGCGCGGAACGGACGAGACUGCCGAGGACGUCCUGCCCCUUGGUACGAUGGAUCAAAAGCGCGUUGGUCAUGAGGCCAUCUAA